ACUAGGGCGUGUUUUCCAUUUAAUGAGCAUUGGAAGCAGGGUCCCUACACAAAACCUUGCAUAAAAAUAAUAUAGCUCAUUGUCAUCACCUUUAAUGAGAGGUGACAUAAUUACUAGAACCAUUUCUUUUCUAAUUAGCACACUUCUGCGUUGUUGGAGCUAGCGGCCGGGCAAAAAGAGAAUCAGACAGGCAUGCUGAAUGGGAAACAAAAAGAAGUCCAUCCGCCAUAAUUAGGAAUCCGGAAUCCUUGCAGCUGAUUGGCUGCUGGGUCCUGCCUCUUGUUGGGAUGGACCUGUUGGAUAAAAGGACCAUAUUCUAAAGGACUCUUAUGUGUGAUACAGAGGAUCAUGCACAGGGGACCGUCCUGUAAGACGGUAUAAUAACAAAGAGGCCUUUCAAGUGUCAACCGAAGACGACAUGACGGGGAAACAAGGCGCUGUGCUGACGGAAACUUUGAACAUAUCGGAGAAAACCUCUCUGGGAGCAAAUGGAGGGAGUAACGGCCACCAUCCGAAGAGCAGCGCGACCCAUCCGCCGCCCAGGUGCACCGGUUUUGGCAUCCAGGAGAUACUGGGGCUAAAUAAGGAGCCGUCCGCGGCCCCGAGGAGCCAGCUCCACUCUCUGCCGCCCGGGGCGCACCUGAUCUCCGCCAGGUCCUUUCUGGGACCCGCUGGCGUGGGCAUGGGCGUCGGGAUGGGAUUAAUCAGCCCGGGUGGAAUUCCGUCGUUUUACAGACAACCGGCGUUUUUGGAGACUGCGCUGUCGGACGCAAAAGAUGUUCACCUGCACCCCCACAGCAGGUCCGCAGGGCCGCUGGACACCAGCCAGUCUGCCAGCUCAGACUCAGAUGAUUUAUCUUCAAAUGAACGAAAACUCUCAAAGUCAUCAGUAAGUCAGAGCAAGAAACGCAAGAAAAGACGCCACCGAACCAUAUUCACCUCAUAUCAGUUGGAGGAGCUGGAAAAGGCCUUCAAUGAAGCGCACUACCCGGAUGUUUAUGCCCGAGAGAUGUUGGCCAUGAAAACAGAGCUACCUGAAGACAGGAUACAGGUAUGGUUUCAGAACCGCAGAGCCAAGUGGAGAAAGAGGGAGAAAUGCUGGGGCCGGAGCACUGUGAUGGCUGAGUAUGGGCUGUACGGAGCCAUGGUGAGGCAUUCCAUCCCCCUGCCAGAGUCCAUCCUCAAGUCUGCCAAGGAUGGCAUCAUGGAGUCCUGCGCCCCCUGGCUGCUCGUCCAAGAUGGCUUACCAAUCAACAGACGCUAUUCUAAAUCUGAAUACCCGCAACUCUUUGCAGGGAUGCACAAAAAGUCCACGGAGGCAGCGGUCCCCCCAGCAACAGGACAGUGCGAUGCGCCCCAGAAGCCGAGCUCUCAGAGGGUGGAAGAAGCUGAAGCAGAGGAGAAGAGGUCAGAGGGCAAGUCCACCAUUUCUAAAGAGGAACUGCGAGAGAACAGCAUUGCUGUACUCAGGGCCAAGGCCCAGGAGCACAGUGCCAAAGUGCUGGGGACGGUUUCUCAUGACAGACUGCUGGAGGACAAACUGGAGAGACAGGCGGCCAAAGGGAAGGCCGGUGAUCCUCUGAGUCCAGCAGAGGAGGAGAAAACUCUGUAGAGACUAUCACGUUCCUGUGGACUGCUAUUCUCAUGAGUGACUGCAGUGGGCUGGCUGUACUUACCCAACAUAACUCACUGGGCCGCAGGUUUCCAUCCCAUAGACUUCUCUUAAACUGGCCUGUGUCUGGACUUCUUUAAGAAGAAAACUCAUCUGACCAUCACCGGUGCGCUGCUGCACAGAAGAUGCAAAAUGCACUUUUUCUGAUUUACUUCCAAACCCACAUUUGUUGUUGCUGCGUGUACAUAAUAAGGAAGAUUUGACUGAGAGUAAAGUGUUAAUAUUGGUGUAUAUACCCUACAGUUAUAUAUAGCGCUAGAUGACUCAAAUUGUAUCCAAUAUAACAGUUCGGUCAAGUACAUUUAAUUCUUGGCAUUCAUUUUUAUGUUGCUUGUACAGUUACUAAAUGGUGACAUUUGAAAUAAGAACCAUCCCACUGACAGAAAGUAGUUGUUGUCCUAUAUCGCGCUGUACUUAAUAUAUUAAUCUCUCUCACUAAAGGCACACUUUGACAUAUGUUUUCUUGUUGUCUUCAAAAAUGUUUGUUGUUGUCUUCAUUUCAAAAUAUGUAUAACUCAAAAUACAAAUCAUAAAAUAGAACUUGCCUUUUAUUAAAUGUGGCUUUUUGGUGUCUA